AUGACCAACGAGAAAGAUGUAAAACCGUUGGUUGUUAGAAUAAUACUGAUAGUUGGUGGAAUUCUGGGAGCACAUCGAUUAUAUUUGAAGCAAGUUCCAGAAGCAUUCGUAUUCUUCUCUACUUUUGGAGUGUUUCUUAUCGGAUGGCUUUAUGAUAGUUUUAUGUUCAAGUACGAAGUUGAGGCUUAUAAUCAGUUGAUAAAUCUGAACAAAGAAAACAAGGACAAAGAAAAGUGGAAGAAUGGUAGGCUGCAAACAGCGCAAUCCAAAUUUGUUGAGUUUUCUCUGACCCGUUUUCUGUAUUCUGUACUUUAUGGGUUAUAUAUUGGUAUUGGCACUUGGCUUGCUUGUACUCUAACUUUCGGAUGGACAGACAUCAAUUCCAUACCAUUUGUUUCAGUGGUUGCCCUGGGAAUUACAGCAGGGGUCUACAUAAUCGGACAUUGUGGUGGCCAAAGUCGCGAACUCAGCUUCAUCUGGAUUUCUAGUUUUUCAUCAAUGUUCCUUAUGGUCCGCGUUUUCCAAAGUGCAGUAUUCCGUUCUAUCUUCAUUGCUUCAAUCGUCUCCACGCUAGUUGGAAAUCGAACGGCUAAAAACAAAAGAAGUCGACACACAUGGAGACACUUUUUGUUCUGGUCAUCUCUGUUUAUGAUGCUUGUCUGUGUGAUUCUGCUAGGAUGUUCAAGAAAAAUCGGGGAGAAACAGAUAACAGCGACUCGUCCUGGAUCGUUUCGAGAAACCACUUCUGUUGGAAGUCUGAUGAGAGACCGAAUCUUUGAUUCUAAAAAGGUUUACAGUUUCUUCGAAGGAAAUCCAAUAAUCGAAUAUUCCAUAUCAGACUCCUCACAAACUGAAAGAUCAACAGCGUCUAAAAAAAGUAAUUCUUUCUGGCAACACGUUUGGAGUGGAGAGUUGUUUGAUGAGCUCACCGGUGCUGCUCAUCUCACAAAAAUCGAUUGGGUUGAGUUAACGAUGACGUUUAUUGUAGACGUCCUUCGUGCAGAAGCACGUGUUAUUAAUAAAUCAUCGACGGUUGAACCGUUCAAAUGGGCUCUCUGGAGGAAUUAUCUGAUCCAUCGCUUUUCACUGGACCCGUUGGUUUCCGAUGAUCACAUCAGAUCAGAAUGCAAAAAAUGGCAACAAGAGCAAAAUCAGAAACGGGAGAGCUCUGAAAAAGACUUCAGCAUGAUUGCCGCUAAACGAGGAUGUGCUACAUUCCAAUCGUGA